AUGGACUGUAAGAAAGCUCAUGCUGAAACAGAAGGUGAUCUUGAAAAGGUGAAAGCAUACCUCAGAAAAAAGGGUCUCUCAUUCGCUGAUAAGAAAUCCAGAAGACUAGCAGCUGAAGGAAGAAUUGAUAUUCUCAAAACCAUUGUCGCGAAGGAAAAAGAACUUAAGAUGCAAAGAGAAGACCUUGCUUUGAAACCCGAGAACAUAAGAGAGAAAAUUGUUGAGGGAAGAAUCUCAAAGAGGUUAGGAGGGCUUUCUCUUAUAGAGCAGCCUUUCAUUAAGGAUGACAGUGUUUCUUUGAAAGACUUGGAGAGGCAAAGUAUAGCUAUCUGUUAUAGCACUCUUCAGAAAGCGCUAAAACUAAAAAAAAUUGCAAGAGACCCCAACGUAGUGCUGAAUCAGUUGCUUCACCAAACAAAGAUAAAAACUGUGAAACCUGCUAUGGUACCAUUCCUUGAUACUUAUAUGAAGGCAAUAAUGAUCAAAGGACAAACAGUCCCAAUUUACAUGGACAAUAUUAUAUAUGGCAAAGCCUAUACAGACGAAGUAGAAAUAGAGAAUAUAGAAGAGCUUGUGCAACAUAAUUGGUUAAGUGCCACUGUUGUAGCUUGUGUUGUUUGGUUUUUUAUGUUUCUGUUUUAUGUUGUUUGUUAUGUUUCAAGAUUCUUGUACGAAAAUUUGAUCAAGCCUCGUGGGUUGGAAAAUAAGUUCUCAUUUUUAUCCCGACAUAUAUAUCAAGAGGAUAAACAAGGGCAACAAAUAGCAGACAUCCUAUUGACACACAAGUUUAAGAAUAAGCUGAUUUUUGCACCGGUCAAUUUAGGGCUAAAUCAUUGGGUGUUGCUUGUCAUCAAUCCCGGAGCUGAGAUGAUAUAUUAUAUGGAUUCAUUGCCGGCGGGACAUCCUAACAUUGACGUUGUAAGAAAAAAGUUCAUGAAUGCCAUGUGUAUUUGCCGUUCCCUUAAUCCCAAGUUAAAAUCAAAGUCAAGUAUAAUCCCAUGGAAAGAAAUAAAGUGUCCUAUGCAAACUAAUGGCAUUGACUGUGGUUAUUUUGUCAUGCGAUUUAUGAAAGAGAUAAUAUUGGCAAAUCAAGACAUGAUCCCCGAAAAUUACUUUGGAGAUUACAAAUGUAAAAUCUAUUCUAAAGAUAAGUUAGUUGAGGUCGAGGAGGAUUGGGCAACCUUUGUGGUCGAGUAUCUUAGUGAGUUUCAUUUUCUUUUCCAACAAUUUUCAUUUGCGUUUUUUAAUUGAGUUAUUUUAAAUUGCAAUUGGUUGUGCUGGAAAUUUUAUGUUAAUUAAUUUUAUGACAUAGGAGACUAUAUUGCUCAGAGACUUACACUCUAAUUGGUUGUGCUGGACUAGUCACGAGUCCUCUAAAAUUUAGGUGUUCUUUUGUUUGUAAUUGUGGCUGCUUUUAGGAGCUUUUUUUUUUAUUGGCAACUUUGGUUUGACUAGUAUAUGACAUUCAGGAUUAAGUUUAUGAUCAAUUUGUAUUGAGAUUAUCAUAAAUGUAAUUUGCUACAGAUUAUCAAUUAGUAUUAUUGCAGCAGUUUUGGUUA